AUUAAAUUCCGAACGAAAGAAAAACAUAACCUAUAAACUACAUUCGUUUCGUAAGUUUUCGUAAAUAUUAUUUAGAAUUCGGACAAAAUGUCCAAUAGCAACUUAUUUCUCAAGUCUGGAUUCGUCCGGGCGCCACUACAGAACGGAAUUGGCCGUUAUGUUUGUCAGUUACAGAGGCUUACACUGAAGUUUUGUAAAAGCCAUGGAGCUAGCAGAGGCAUUAGAGAUUUCGUAGAACAAGACCUGGUGGACUUCGCCAAGCAGAAUCCUGGAGUGGUGGUGUACUUGAAGCCGCGGAGACAUCGUGGACCUGUCGCAGUCGCUGAAUAUUUGAACGGUGACAGAGUAUGGAUGAGUCUUCAAAACAAGACACACUCGGAAAUCACGAAAUGGAUCGAAGUUCUGCGCACCCAGCAAGGGGACGUCUCUGGUACACGAUUAAGAAAAUACCAGUAUACGGACUAUCCGUCUGUCCAAGGGCCGUGGACUCCGUUCACCUUCAAAGAACCUGAGUUGAACACGGCUUCGUUACCAGAUCCUAAGUUUGGUGCGAACAACAGGCUUCCAAUGACCGCUACUGAGAAAUUGAGAUUGAUGUUUGAGCAGCAAAAGCUGACUGAAAGCGACCUUAAGACAGCGGAAUAGUGUUUAGUUAACAGUGUUUAGUAGUUGUUACAUGAGUCUUGUCAGGGGCCUUUGGCGGCUCAAUAGUAACUCUGACACCAGGGUUGAUGAUGCUAGUACUCCUCCUCACAACCCACACGAUAGAAGAGAAGAAGUAUUUAAUUGUAAAAUUGUUACAGUAAAUUAUAGUUAAGUAGUUAAAA